UUAACAUACUUGUUAUGGGCGCGGCAUAUGAAAGCUGGUUGAAUCUUGACACUUCGGUAAAAUCCAGAAAUAUGACUACAGAUUUAACCGAUGAAAGCUUAUUCCCAAUCGCUAUACUUAUUGAUGAAUUGAGGAAUGAAGAAAUGCAAACUCGCCUAGCCAGUAUAAAAAAGCUUGCCACAAUUUCUCUUGCACUUGGUCCAGAGAGAACUAGGACUGAAUUGAUUCCAUUUCUAACUGAGACUAUAUAUGAUGAAGACGAAGUACUUCGAGAGAUGGCCAAACAGUUGGCUGAUUUUGUUCCUCUGGUUGGAGGACCGGAAUACGUCCAUUGUCUUCUACCACCUCUUGAAGGACUUGCAUCCGCAGAAGAAACCCUUGUCCGUGACAAAGCUGUUGAAACUUUACGAGCACUUGCUCCCAGUUUUUCGUCCAAGGACUUGGAAUUUCAUUUUCUACCACUUAUCAAACGUUUAGCAACUGGUGACUGGUUUACAAGCCGCACAUCAGCUUGUGGAUUAUUCAGCGUAGUUUAUGAACAGUGUACUACGGCUGUCCGUGCAGAUUUACGUCGUGCUUUCAAACAACUUUGUGCGGACGAUACUCCUAUGGUCAGACGUGCUGCGGCUAAUCGACUUGGAGAACUUGCUCGUUGUAUGGAGAUAGAUGCAUUGCGCUCUGAUUUAUUACCUCUUUUACCUACUCUUUGCCAGCAAGAUGAUCAGGACUCUGUGAGAUUACUAGGUGUGAAUGCAGCAGUAGAUUUUGCUGAAGUUCUUCCUACUGAAGAUGUUUUGGCUUAUAUCAUACCCCUUAUACGUUCAGCGGCGGAAGAUAAAUCCUGGAGAGUCCGCUAUCAGUUAGCUGAUCAUAUCACAGAUUUACAAACCGCAGUAAAGCCUCAGCUUGCUGGACAACAUUUGGUCGAUGUUUACCAGAUGCUCCUCAAAGAUCCCGAGGGUGAAGUUCGAGCGGCAGCUGCGGGCAAACUCAAAAAAUUUGCAUCAGCUCUAGCACCAGAUAUUCGAGAGUCUGUAAUUAUGAAGACAUUAUUACCUAUUAUCCGUGACAUGGUUGGCGAAAAUAAUCUUCAAGUUAAAACUGCAUUGGCAGGAGUUAUGAUGGCUUUAGCCCCCUUAUUGGGGAAAGAAAAUACCGUAGAACAUCUCCUUCCAUUACUUUUGGUUCAACUGAAAGACGAAAAUCCAGAUGUCCGUUUGAAUAUUAUAUCUAACUUGGAAUGUGUGAACCAAAUAAUGGGAAUAACACAACUCAGUCAAAGUUUACUUCCUGCAAUUGUUGAACUAGCCAGUGAUACUAAAUGGCGUGUUCGUUUGGCAAUAAUUGAGUAUAUGCCACUACUAGCCAGUCAGCUUGGUUUACAAUGUUUCAAUGAACGCCUUACGAAUUUGUGUCUUGGUUGGUUGGUGGAUGAUGUAUAUGCCGUGCGUGAAGCAGCUGUAACAAAUUUACGAAAACUUAUGGAUCAGUUUGGAGUUGAUUGGGCCAGUUCUCAGAUCAUACCUCGUCUUAUACAGUUGGCUCAUGAUCCAAACUAUCUACGUCGAAUGAUUUGUUUAGCAUCUCUUCAUCAACUGGGUGAAGCUCAGUCGUGUCGACCUGAGUUAUUGCAGAAACAUUUACUUCCAACUAUAAUUCAACUUGGUCAUGAUCCUGUACCGAAUGUUCGUUUCAGAGUUGGUCAGAUUUUAGGCAAACUUGGCCAUCUUCUAGAUACAUCCACCCUACAAACAUAUGUCAAACCAACACUUGAAAAAUUGGGCUCCGAUACAGAUCCAGAUGUUGUUUAUUACGCCAAAGAAUCCUUUGACUCGCUACAUCUUGCCGGAAGAUGAAUAUGCUAAAGGUAGAACGCAUUUUAUUUCUGCAGGAAAAUAAUACAAUAUACUUAAAUACAUGUAAAUUGACCUUGUUUGGCGUCUUCCUUGUUUCAAUUUUGCCAACUUUUCUGCACUGAUGUGCUUGUUUGCGAUCUUAUUUUGAAUGCGUGCCUUACAGUGGACUGUAUUUGUUCGUAUUAUGUACUGAAUUCUGUUUUCAUUCCCUUUUUGCUGUUGUAUACAAGAAGGAGCCUCAUAUUGUCGAUUUACUUAUUAACUCUCCUCUUCAGAAGAAUAAUUUUCCUUCCAUAAAGCGAAAAUAGGCUGCUUACCAGCAUGAAUUUAUGCUGUUUCUUUCUUCAUUUGUUCUUAUUCAGUUAAAUUAUGGGAUAUAGUGUAGAUCUCAGUCAUUUGUUUAAGACACAGAUUCUGUGCAAAUGACAGUUUCAUUUUUGAUCGUUUAAGGAUGAAAUAGAAUAUUCCGUAUUUAUGGUAUGCGUGUUGAAUUAACCAUCACUGGGAUAACUAACCGAUGGUUGCUGGGUUAUAAUGGAGAUUAUAAAAUGUCAUGUUUUUGGUAUUAAGAAAUUGAAAAGCCCAAGACUCUGAAGUUGUACGACUAUUAUUCCUCAUUACCUGCUGGUUCAUAUUAAAUGUACCUUUAGUAUUUUCGUUGCUGUUGUCUUGAUUGCACUUCAUAUACACGGAUUAAUCGUUAUAUUUUUUAUCGUUUUAAACUGUUAGCUAAUAAAGUGUUUGAAUGUUGCUUUCUGUGAUUGCUAAUUAAUCUCCACAUAGCAUAGUUAAUGCAUGUUAAUAUCUAACAACGUAAAUGUAUAACCGAUAAUGCUUAUAAUAAAAGUAGUAAAAUAAUCGGAACUAAGUGGAAACCCAGUUGUUUGUUAAUAAACUUUAAAAUAACUGGUGAGUUGAUCGACUAGAUUUGAAAGUUUGCAAUUUUUCCUGGCGAUUAGUUAUAUGUUAAUUUGUUUCUGUGCUUGGUUGACUGUAACAACAAUACCCUGUGUACUGUACUAAUUAAUCAAUUUUGUAGGUGACUAGUAAACAUACAGACAAUACCGGAGUUCAUUGAUCACUUUGCCAUUUAAAUGGUCAAUGUUAUGAAAUCUAUUUUCAGUUAAUGAAGUAUUUUGCUGUUCCACCUGUUACUAAUUAACAUAAUUCGCCUGUGCUUAUAUCAUCGUUAAAGUGGACUUAACAACGAUGGUGUUUCAUCUAUAUAUGCGAGAUACCUUAAAAAACUGUGUGUGG